UUCAGACACGCGCACAUAAACAAAACUGAGAGAAAACCGGUAAAGGCGUUUAAUACAUGCAGCACGAAAACGGAGAAAUUAGCAGAAAACGACCUCAGUUGAUCAGGUCUCAGAGGCGAUGGGUCACACACCUGCUCUAGACACCUCACACGUGACUCUGGUGGCCGCGGGUUCGAGUGUGUCGCCCUGUGAGGGUGGUUUAGCGGCGGGUGAAUUUGUGGUCCUGUGGUCCUUACUGCUCUGUGGGUCGGAGUGAAGCUGCGGGUGGAUUUCCCCCCGGGACGCCACUUUCCAGGAACCGGCCCGGGCAGGGGGCGAACACCCAAACCUCAAGCCACAUAUUCCACAGCGCAUGAAAGCUCUCGGUUUAAAGGCCUCACUGGCAGGUAGCGUCUGUCUCAGAACCUGUGUGUGAAUCUGAUGUUGUCCAGUCAUGUUGAACUGGAUUCUGAACACACACAGAUCUAUAUUUGAUGUGUCCGCGCAGAAGAAAUGAAGUCUUAUGGGUUUGGAGCGACAUUAGGGUGAGUAAAUGAAUUUUUAUUCUGCUUCACAAGACCGUACAGGGAUAGAAACACAGGGUGGUUUUCUCCAACAUUACCUGAGCGAGGAUCGCUGAGCCAGCAGCCCGCCCGCCCGUCUGAUGGAUUGAACUUAAAGUUCUCACAUUCAGGAGACAGAGAGAGAGUCUCACAGGACGCACAGUAAAAACCUCCCACUGCGUCAGGACUUCAACACUCGCUCCAAGCCAACACUUAAAGUAUAAUGUUAUUGAGACACACACACACACACACACUCUAAUUUCAAGCCAGAGAAUAAAACACAGCAAAGCAGAAAAAUUCAAAGGCAUGUUUCAUUCUGCACUAUGUGAGAGAUCCUUAGAAUAACACACGCAUUGUGUACAAUGUGAACAAGACUUUCUGUACGAGUUCAAAUCUGCUAAAGAGUCAUGAAAUGUAGCAAAUCAAAUGAAAAUCUAUGAUCUUUUAUUGGAAAACAUUCAUAAACUGAUAAAGGCUUCAAACUUUUAAAUAACUGUGAGGAUCAAGAUUCCUUCACCUCUGCUUGACGUCCAAAACUUCUGUGAUUGACAUCAGUGGCAUAAAGUUUACUGUGGAGUUGUUUCAAUUCUUUUUUGAAUCAAUCUUUUAUUUAAGACAUAAAAUACAGAUCGUGUUGUAAAUAAUAACAUUGAAUAUGAUUUAUAAUAUGCAGAUUAUAUGUGCAGUAUAAACACUGUGUUGUAAGUAUCCCAUGAUGCAUUGUGCUCAACUCGACCUUCCAUUUCCAUCCUGACAAAUGAACUGGAAGUGUUUACAGUCUGGAUUUCUGCCGUGUCCAGUAGGAGUUUAAUAAGAUGAAUGUUGGCCAUGAAAGCACAAGUAAAAUAUCAUCUGAUCGCUCGCACACACACACACACACACACACACACUUGUGUUGGCAAGAGAAAUGUAGCAACAAUGAGGGAAAGUAAGAAAUGACUUUGAACCGCCUGCCCGUCAGUAUCUGUUUCACAGGCUUAACAUUGGGCUGGAGUGGUGCUGCACGGCGCCAGCGGCCUCUCGGGAACACGGACGUGAUGGAGGAGAAGAGUCGGACACUGAGUGGACCAGCCUACACCUCCACAUGAAGUUCUGGAGUCCAUCUCGCUGAAACAAAGUGUUCAUUAUCAGAGGACGGAGAAGCCCAAAGUCAGAUUGAGCCCUUCUGUGAACGUCCACAAAUGGAUUUUUCAUCCGUUUAUGCGCUCAGAACAGCUCACGCUGCACAACCUUCAGUAGAAGAUACAACACAAUGUUCUGCGCACCGGCUGAGCCAAACCCUGAUGGAGGCCGUUCUCCUGUGGCAUGCUGGGAGUUUUCAGCGCAACCUGAGAGGGUGACGGGGCGACCGCACUCGCUACUGUCAUCGACGGGAACCCAGAGUUUGACAAACUGCUUCCACUGCUUUCCAGGACUGAAGCCGUUGAAGAGCUUUGAGUGUGUGAAUAGAGUCUUGUGUUUGUGUGCCACACACAUCUCUUCUCUCCUGACAGCGUCUGAAUCAAACAGGAAUUAAGAGCCGCUGCCAUUGUGUGACACCGAGCAGACAUGAUGUUCCUCAAAACAACAAACAGCAUGAAUCCAUGGAAUGUAAAGCUGUGACAACCGUGGAAAAAAGUGAUUUCAAAGUGAGAUUGUGAAUGAAUCAGUGAAUCAUGCAUGACACGAGUAGAACAUGUGACGUCACAUCACAGCAGGUUAGACUCAAUCUUUCACUCAAGACACACAUUCCAGUCUUUGUUUGACCUCUGACCUCAGUGCACCAUGGGAAACCUCACUGAAAAGCUUUACUGUGAGCUCAUAGAGGACUAAAAAUAUCCCACUCUUGAUUAAUGUGCUUCACAUGAGUAUUGCCCCUCGUAAACACAGAGAGCGAAAGAGAGAGAGAGAGAGAGAGGGUCGUGCAAACACACCGUAACACCACCUGCUGCUGCCGGACGCUGAAGGCAGUUCAUCACAUCAUCAUAGAGUGAGAGAGAGACCACAGCUGGUUAAAGAAGACUCGCUGUCAGACAUCAGGAAUGUUCCACAGAUGGAGAUCAGAUCUUCAGUCCAACAGUGUCACUCAUCUGAUCUCUUCAGGGUAUGGCCGUGUGGACUCCUCUUGUUUUGAUGGAUGGGCGCUUUAUGAAGAGCUGGCACGCAGUGGGGGGUCCGUGUUUCAGAGAACCGCCGCCGAGAGUUUCCUGUGCGCUCAAGAAGUCAGGCUCUCCGAGUGAAGAUAUGUGCGCUUUUUUGUUUCAGAGACCGCAAAGAUCCCGCUGAGACCGGCCAGCACGUAAAAGAAGAAACUCUAGAGAAAGAACACUUGUCACACGACGAGCUCACCCAUCAUCCCCCAUCAUCCCCAUCAUCACCCAUCAUCACCCAUCAUCACCCAUCAUCAUCACCACUCAUCAUAACCAUCAUCACCCAUCAUCAUCACCCAUCAUCAUCACCAUAAUCAUCACUCAUGAUCAUCAUCAGUAUCAUCACUCAUCAUCAUCACCAUAAUCAUCACUCAUCAUCAACACCCAUGAUCAUCACCCAUCAUCAUCAGUAUCAUCACUCAUCAUCAUCACCAUAAUCAUCGCUCAUCAUCAUCACCCAUGAUCAUCACCCAUCAUCAUCACCAUAAUCAUCACUAAUCAUCAUCACCCAUGAUCAUCACCCAUCAUCAUCACCAUAAUCAUCACUCAUGAUCAUCAUCAGUAUCAUCACUCAUCAUCAUCACCAUAAUCAUCACUCAUCAUCAUCACCCAUCAUCAUCAGUAUCAUCACUCAUCAUCAUCAUCAGUAUCAUCACCAUAAUCAUCGCUCAUCAUCAUCACCCAUGAUCAUCACCCAUGAUCAUCAGUAUCAUCACCCAUGAUCAUCACUUUCAUCACCACCAACACUGAUCAUAACCCUAGGUCAUCAUCACCAUCAGCAUGAUCACACAUCAUCAUCCAUGAUCAUCAGCCAUUAUAAUCACCACUAUCAUCACCACUCAUCACCACCAUCAUUACCCAUCAUCACCACCUUCAUCACCCAUGAUCAUCACCCAUCAUAAUCACCACCAUCAUCACCCCUCAUCACUACCUUAAUCACCCAAAUUCCCCCAUCAUUAUCACCCAUCAUCAUCACCCAUGAUAGUCAACCAUCAUCAUAACCCACCAUGAUCACCCAUCGUGAUCACCAUCAUCACCCAUCAUCAUCACCCUUCUUAAUCACCACCAUCAUCACCACUCAUCACCACCAUCAUCACCAAUGAUCAUCACCCAUCAUAAUCACCAACAUCAUCACCACCACCAUCACCCAUGAUCGUCACCCAUGAUCAUCAUCAUCACAAACUUCAUCACCCAUGAUCAUCACCCAUCAGCAUGAUCCAUCAUCACCCAUGAUCAUCACCCAUGAACAUCACCCAUCAUGAUCACCAUCAUCACACAUCAUCAUCAUCACCACCAUCAUCACCAUCACCCAUGAUCAUCACCCGUAAACAUCACCCAUCAUGAUCACCAUCAUCACCCAUCAUCAUCACCCAUCUUAAUCACCACCAUCAUCACCACCACCAUCACCCAUGAUCAUCAUCAUCACCCAUCAGCAUGAUCACCCAUCAUCACCCAUCAUAAUCACCACCACAAUCACCCAUGAUCAUCAUCAUCACCAACUUCAUCACCCAUCAUCACCCAUCAGCAUGAUCACCCAUCAUCACCCAUGAUCAUCACCCAUCAUCACCCAUCAUAAUCACCACCAGUGUUGGGUGUUUGUCUGAUUUCUCCUGCAGUUUUAGAAGUGGCAGAGAGAGAGCCACGGAGAUCAAUCCAUCAGAACCAUCUGUACACGUGUUUAUUAGUCAAAUAUAAAUCAUAACACACUCAGACCUCACCGUCACAACCAUCAAAACACAUCACCUGAAUAUAAGCUACAGAGUGUCACGCACAAGGGAAAUGAGGAAAAAUGAAGGACAGUGAGAGAAAUCUUCACUCGGCACCAUCUCUGCUGAAAUAUGCUGCCAAUUUCUCCUGAACAAUAAACAUCCCUGAAGCUCUCAAGUGGAAAAUGACCAUCAGCCAUCAGUGAGAAUGAGUCUACACACACAAACACAAGCAUCUCGGCCGGGAGGUGACAGCAUUACGUCGUUCCCUCUGGAGGGACCACACAAGCAGAGUGCUGACUUCAGGAAUAAAGGACGGAGGAAGUGAAGGGAGAGAGACACCACAGGCUGAGAAGACACAUGGAAGUAAAGAGUGUGUAAUCAGAGAGGAAGCUGAAGGUCAGGACUGAUGUAAAGCACACGAAAACACUGGAGAGAGACUGUAAUGAUGUCUGGAUGGCGUUGAGUAAACAUCUCUGUCUGGAUGGGUGACACUGAGCUCUGUUGCCCUCGCUCAGGACUCAUUACAGCUCUGCCAGCGGGACACACGCUUCACACAUCACAAACACCUGAAGGGUGUUCAUACAGAACAUCUCCAACUUUAUCAGACUCCUCUCUUCCAGUGAAUAAAGAACAUGUGAAGUGACGGCUUCCUCAUUGAAGUGGGCAAGAGAGGCAUCAUAUGUGACAGACAGGUGAACAGAGGAACAUGCAGGCAUUGCUGUGAUCCUCUUUCAGUGUUUAAAGAGACGGAUGUGUUGGAGGCAGAAUCCUGCUCUCUGUGAUGUCAGAAGCAGCUCGUGUAUAUAAUUUGAACAUUCAUCUGGAGCUUCACAAGUCAGAGCAGAAGAGCUCAGUGGAUCAUUCUGAUGGAUUGUUAAGAGACCCGUGAGGAGCAGCGGCUGACAGCACGGACACUUCUCCUGGAAACUUUGAGGAGACUGGCGUUGUGUCUCACGGGACGGUGGAUUCGCAGACGCACACAAGCUGGUUGUUUUAUUCAGAGAAGAGGAAGAUGUUGUGUUCUAGACGGGUUCUCCAGCAGUGGAUCUUUGCUCUUUUCUUACUGUGUUCUCCUGUUCCUCAUCACGGCCGGCCCGUCGAUGCCCUCAGCAGUCGCAUGAGGCGUUCAGUGACACACGCUCAGCUCAUGCAUGAUAAAGGCCGGACGCUGCAGGAACUGAAGAGGCGCUUGUGGCUGCAGGAGUUACUUCAUGAAGUUCACACGGCUGAGAUCCGUGAAGCUCAGCAGCAGAGUGGAGCAGGAGGAGGAGGAGGGAGCCCUCACACCGUUGCCGUGCCCAUAGACCUGGGGGUCGCCGUGGGAACGGGCACCGUCCAUCCCAAACCCGCCGGGGGCACCAAGAACCUGCCCAUCAGCUUUCAGCUGGAGGACGAGGAGGGCACCAACCUCCCGCAGGAAACCAAUAAAUCUCAAACGUACAAAGACAGCCCGCAGAAGACCAACGGCAAGAGGAAGAAGAAGGGGCGACCGGGGAAGAGGAGAGAGGGUGAAAAGAGGAAGAGGAGGGCUCGCUCGCUCGGACCAUCACCGCCGGAGGACAUGGAGAGCGGCUCGGGCCGGCACUAAAACACUGUCAGUCUCUGACGACGAUCCGUGAGGACAUUUGAAAUGGACACCGCAACACUCUUGUCAAAGUGAGAGGAAAAUAUUUAUUACCUUGUAAAUAUUCUCAAAUCGCCCGAACAAUGACAGAGACAAAGACACUGCUGAGCUCCAUACAUUGAGCUGCAGACUCCUAACCUUGUGAAUACUUUUGCUUUACCUUCAUUUUGUUCUUUUAUUCUUUGUUUUUACCUGUAGGACUAUUCCUCUAUCACGCUGUCAGAAUUCCUGUAAUUUAUUUUGUUUGAAUGAUGUAUUUAUUUUGGUAAGGUAUCAGGUGCUGCUGAUAUUAUUUUUGUACUAUAAUGCACUUUAGAUAUAUUAAUAUAGAAAUAUAUACUGGUCAUUUUGUUUAUGGAAGUAUUUUGUGGUUCAGUUGAAUGAAGACGUUUAUAAUCAUUCCUCCGUUUGGUCGUUUAUUUCUUUAUGUUACUGGCUCUCUUACACAACGUAGCGACUCGCCUCCCUAGACAGCCUCAUGAAACCUCACAGCGAGUGUUGAUAAAUUGACAGAAACGUUCAUUAUUUUCAAGAAAUAUUGAUAAUUUGACAUAGAAUUUGUGUGAAGUAUGAAUUUGUUCAAUCUUUAGCUCAGACUCCAGUCCUCUGUGUAGAGCACGAAUAGUGUUGAUGUCCGUUUGAGUUCAGAUGCUGUGUGUGAACGGACAUCACAGUAGGGUUUAAAUCAGAGCUUUUGUGUAUUUUUGUUUCUUUGCUGACCUGAACGAACACAACGACACACAUAACCCUGAUAUCAUCCACAGACCCACCUGUACAUGUUCUAGAAUAACUCUUGUUGUUUUGCACUGAGAGAAAAACUGA